UAUGUUCUUAAUUAAAUUCUUUCUAUUGCUAAUUUUAAUUAAGGAGAUAGUAACUUUUGCUAUAAUUCCUCAUAAUGAAGUCACAUCUACUGGAUAUCCAGAAGCAAAAUCCGAAGUUAGUAUUAAACGUCUUCGUCGCCUUACAAAUGAUUCCGAUAAUAAUUUAAUAUUUCCUGACCCAGAAUUGCCUAAAUUACCAAAAGAUUUAGAAAAUACAAAUCCUGAUUGUCUUUUGUGGCAAUAUAUUCAAGCAAAACCUUUGACAUUAGAAAGUUCUCGUGAGGAAAUUAAAGGGUUUUGUGUAGUAAAUAAUUCAACAGAAAACAACAACAAUAAUGGUUGGUGUGAAAUUGAAUUAAAUUUAAUUAUUAAACAAUUUGGACAUAAAACUAUAAAAUCUUUUCACCUUGAAAAUGAAAUAAUUGAACAUUUUGAUUUUAAAUUUUAUAUUCAAUUUACAAAAAGAGGACUUUGGCAAGUUGUUGGAAUUCCCAACUGCGAGAAUGGUAAAUUAAAGAUGGAUAAAUACGGAUUGGGGGUUUAA